GCCACUCUAGCUGCAGGCUUAUCGGUCAAAUUAAAUUAAAAAAUAAAUGACAAUAAUGUUAGCUUAAUUACCCACACCAUCUUGUAGGUUUAAACUUAUUAUCUUACAAAAUUGAAGAAUUUAAUUGCUGAUCGAAUUGAAGAAGGAACUAACUAAAUUUGCAUGCAUGCAUGCAUGAUCCUGAUCGAUCGAGAAGUCUAUCUAUCGACGCAGGCCGGUUAAUUAAUUAAUUAAUUAAUUGAUUAAUGAACUGAUAAGGCUAGGCCGGGUGAUUAAUUUCCCUGUCGUCGUCAUUUCCCGCGUUGGGUUGGCUUUAUUUUUAUAUAUAGAAGAUAUAGGCAGAUAAUAAUAAAUCAUAUAAGAUCGAAGAAAUGGUCCAACGUGGAAGGAAUUGUAGGAGAUCGGAUGACGAACGGAGGCGGCCAUCAAUGACGUGUAGGUACUUGGAUGCCAUCACUUUCUUUGGAAGAUUAUAUUCAAAUUCAAAAAAUAUUUCAGGUGGCGCGUGGAGUUAGAGAUCAAUUACAUUCCCUUCCCCUCAAGUUAGCUUUUCAUAAAGUAGUCUUUCACAGUGAGACUUUAGUAGAUAUGAUUUUAUAGCUACCACGGAAAAAUCUUGACGAAGUACAAAAAAAUGGUUUUUGAUUUUGAAGAAGAGCAAUCUGAAGAUUACCUAUUCAAGAUUGUUUUGGUUGGUGAUUCAGCCGUUGGAAAAUCAAAUUUGCUUGCUAGGUUUGCUAGGGAUGAAUUUUAUCCAAACUCAAAAUCAACAAUAGGAGUAGAGUUUCAGACGCAAAAGAUGGAGAUAAACGGGAAGGAAGUGAAGGCUCAAAUUUGGGACACGGCUGGCCAAGAACGGUUUAGGGCUGUAACCUCUGCAUAUUAUAGGGGUGCGGUGGGAGCUCUUCUAGUGUAUGAUAUCAGUAGACGGCUGACUUUUGAAAACAUCGGCAGAUGGCUAAAUGAACUCCAGACUCACAAUGACAUGAAUGUAGUGACAAUACUAGUUGGGAACAAAUCAGAUCUCAUUGAUGCCCGAGAAGUAACCAUAGCCGAAGGCAAAGCCUUGGCUGAGGUGGAGGGUAUGUUCUUCAUGGAAACAUCAGCACUCAACUCGUCAAACGUAUCGGCAGCCUUCCAAACCGUUGUCAAGGAAAUCUAUAAUAUCUUGAGCCGCAAGGUCAUCCAAUCUCAAGAGCUCAAACAAGAUGAUUCUGACCGGCUUGCAAGUGGGAAAACAUUAGUUUUGCAUGAUGAAGAUAACAAAGAAGCUACAAAAGGAAAAGAAAAGAAAGGCAUGUGUUGUUCAACAUGAUUAGUUGGGAGGGACACUAUUCUCUUAUCAUCUCCCGUCUUGUAAAUAUAUAUUCUUUUUCGUAGAAUCUUUAUACAACUAAAUACAUGUAUGAACUAAAAAUGUUGAUAUUGUAGCUUCCUUGAUGAGGGAAAGAACCAUCUUUUGAUAGUAGGGAAAGAACCAUUUUUUUAUCAUAGGGAAAGAACCAUUUAGAUAGUGAAAGGACC